CCUUACUUAAGGUAGGUAAGGUACCUUACCUCACCUCACUCAGUGGCCAGCGGAAUGUCAUGAAGUCGUCUACCUGAACAUAAGUACCUACCUUAGCUUACCUUAGACAUUCUCAACUUCACAUUUUUCGUAUUAUCAUCUUCGUCUUCAUCUUCAUUCAUCUUUAGUAUCAGAGUGAUGCAAACGCAGUGGCCUUUGCAAAAUGGGCCAGAAUCUUUCGGAUGAGCAUCCGCAGCGGCGGUCGCAUGAAGAGCUAACUCAACAACUUACGGAGAAGUUUAUGAAGAAAUGUUUCACCUCUCUUGAACUAUACUCACUCAGAGAUGUUUUCAAGAGCCUUGCCGAUCAGCAGGACUCCAUCAAAUAUCUGAAAGAGGACACUAUCGCCCGGUACCUGGAAAUACCAGACAUUCUCGGCACCUCGCCAGUCAUUUUCCAAAUGGUAUCCUAUAUCGGUGCUUUUCCAUUUCUUCAAGACGCACCUGCAGUCCUGGAGUUUCAGCGGAUGAUUAUGGUGGUCGUCAUCAUGACUGAGCGCUACAAAACCGUAUUGGCGCGGGGUUCUUCAGAUAGGACCAAACUACUGUUCAAGAGCUUGGCUGUCUUUGACCGUAAGAUGUCAGAAGCAGGAGCCCAUUCAGACACGUCACACGUCGAGUCCAAAGACGAUCAAAAGAAGGCCAUGUCCGGUGUGGCUGGUUUUGCGGUUGAUGCAGCUGGGGACGAAGAUGAGGACGGUGAGGACGACGACCUCGUAUUGACAGCUUUUGAAUUGCUCGACAUCAAGGAUGCCGUGGACCAGGGCCAUGCACCAGUCUUUCAUGGCGCAACCAUCCCAACUGACAAUUUCCGAAAACUUGUCAUGCUGCUUCUCCUUGCCGCCCCGCUUGAUCCCCAAGAAAGCCUCUCAAUGUAUUCAAGCCGUGUUAUUGGACAAGAACUCGAGGGCCUCCGUGGCGCCGCUGAAAGCAUUCUUGCCUCCUUUGUUAAUGCCGAGAUCUCAACUGGCAUCAAGUACAACCACUUCAGAACCAUCAUACCUGUAAUCUGCCCUCAUAUUUUUCGUGGAUUCAAUGGUCUUUUUGAGCGCUUUCUUUUCUCGCAAAAUCUAGAUUUCUCCAAACAUCACAAUGAUACCCCAGCUACUACUUCAUCUCAAAAAGCAGCACAGCCUCUAUUGACCGACACGGGCGAGAUACUUAACCAGAACACUUUGUCCCAGAUCUCGCUCUUCCUUCCUGGGACAGAUCUCUUCCGGCGAGUAAGGCUCCUGUACUCGGGCAAUGAUGCCGGUUUCUCUAUGGGAAGUUUCCAGACCAAAGUUUUCAACUGGCAAGCUCCAACACUGCUCCUGGUGAGCGGAACACGGCUGGGAGAUGAGCCGGAGGGUGGUCAAGAAAGCAGUUUCGCGGCAUCCUUACCUCCGAAGCGGUUCCCUCAUGGCAGCAGAUCGGAUCGGCUCACUUUUGGUGUCUACGUUCGUGAACCUUGGAAACACACCCACCGGGAAUGCUUCGGCGAUUCAGAAACAACGCUAUUUCAACUUGAACCAAUUCAUGAUGUCUUCCCGGCAUCAACUAUCAACAAAGACUACGUUACUUUCACAAAAGCACCAGCGCACCAUCCCAUGAUGUCGUUCGGUUGCCCUCAUCCACACCCAUCUCAAGCUCACAGAAAGGCCGACAUGUUACGCCUAGGCCCUGUAUCACUAUUACUUGACGACUCGUUCGAGUUUGCAGUCUUCAACCACGAUUUUACAUCUCGAGGAGGUGCAUUUCACUCGAGUGUGGUGAGAAAGUAUGAUUUCCAGGACCGAUUCCAGAUCGAGAGUCUCGAAGUUUGGGGCUGUGGCGGUGAUAAAGAAGCCCAAGCCCAAGCCGAGAAAUGGGCUUGGGAGGAACGAGAGGCUGAAGCUCGCCGCAAGAUCAAUCUUGGAAAUGGAGAUAUCGAGGCUGAUCGGGCGUUACUCGAGAUGGCGGGGUUGAUUGGAGGGAACCGAAGUGGAGGAUCUAUGACGUGAAGCAACCCCCAAGAAAUUGAGUAUUACCAGACAACAUAUGUUCUUAAAGCCUGGAUAGCACAUCGGUUAAGCAACUGUCUGUCUUGAAAGUUCACAAUCUUCAAGCUCAAUAAAUAUUAACAAUCAUUAACAUUUGCCUUGGUAGCUUGGGAGUAGAGCCACACUGUACUCGAAGGUACCGCCCGUUGUCUAUCGUACACAAUGUUUUCUGCCAUAAAUUAGCAUGCGAAACUUUUAUACAAACCUCCAUCAUGACCAAUUGCUCCUAAUGUACAUUGUUUGUUCUCAGUCCUUCCUCUUUGAGAUAAUUUCGCCAAGAUCGCCCAGAGAACUCUUGGGAUUCUUCUUCUUCUUUGCGCUGGCCUCAUCCUCGACAGCUUCAGCGGCG